GGGAGGUGCGCUCGGGUCGGGGCCGCUCGGGCCGGGACCGGGGCUGAGGACGGAGCCAUGAGCGCUCUGAGCGGUCGGGACGGGUGGAGGUAUCUGGACAUGGCCAGGGAGGCAAAGCCGAGCCGGGUCAGGUUGGGCCAAAAGAGGCCACACAGCAGCAGCCUGUACCCCAGUACCUGCGACCUGGACUACAACCUCUACAGGGAUGACUUCCCAUACCGGGUGUAUGAGUACCAGAAGAUCCCACCCCUCAUUAACCGCAUCCCCGUCAAGGCCAGGAGAACGCAUGCAAGAGCAGGAGGCACAAGCAGCCCCAGCCCCCAGCACGGGGCGCGGAGCAGCGCCAGCUCCACGGGGACACGGAUGAAACUGAGAGCCGAGGAGCUGCAUUCCAUUAAGGGGGAGCUGAGCCAGAUCAAGGAGCGGGUGGACAGCCUGCUGGAGAGCCUGGAGCGCAUGGACCAGCGCAGGGAGCGGCUCUCGGUGUGCAAGGAGAGUGAGAAGAAGAAGGCAGAGGUGGGCUCAGCAUCACCAGCCCCACUGGGAGCGGGCUCACGAGGCAAGCAGGGGAGCGGAGGGGAUGGGCGCAACAUGGACAGCACCGAGGAGAGCACAGACACGGAGGAGAUGAUGAAGGCCCACACCUCGGACCAGGAGGGGAGCCAGUAGUGGGGAUGCUGGAGCCCCGCAGCUCCUGCCCCGUCUCUGCAUCCCUUUGGAGGCUCCCGGCAGAUGCCAGGCCCAGUUCUUCCUGCACUCAUAUUCCCACCACCAGUGCCAGCAGCCCGGUGCCCUGCAUUGGCCAGCCGUGGUGAGAGAAGUCUUUGUGUUUGAGUGCGCAUUGUUUUUUCUAUCCCUCUUGUCUUGCUAUGUGAGUACGUGGGGAGGGUGGGAGGGCAGAAGCUCCACAACCCGAGGAUCAUUAGCCCAGAGCUGAGAUCUGUGGUGUCCCUGAUCCUCUCCUCCCCAGUGGACACCCAAGCCCUCCAUCCCAUGAGCACAACACAGGCCGGAUGCGUUCCCCAUGCAGAACAAAGCCACAGCACUGUCCCUCCUGGGCAGUGGACACAGAUGGCCACACCUGAUACCACCAGCACGGGGCACCCAGUGGUGUAGCAUGGAGCCCAGCCCCCCCUCACCAGUGGGUUUCUCUUAAUGGUGUCCCUAAGGACUCCAUUCUUUGCCACCAUAGCGGGGAUCCCCUUGGCCACCUCUGCCCAGGGAAGUUGUGCCUCCAUCCCUUUCCCUACAUGUCUGUGUCGUCCUCCUCUUGUUGGUAGGAAAUUGUUCUGUAUUUCUAAUUUGCUCCGGCAAAAGAGUGUAUUGUGCUGGAAAGGUAAAAAACAAUCAUUUGUAUUUCUUUACUCUGGUUAUUUGGCUUCAAGUACCCCCACUGCUGAUGUUUGAAUGGGGGCACAGCAGGGUCAGCCCCCAGCUCCACCCCGGAGCUCUGUGGGGAUCUCAGCAGCCCCAAGCAGGCAGAAGUCACCAGGAAAAACAAAACAAAACAUUUUAUUGUACAAAUCCAAAACAACACAAGACAACCUGUCCUUCUGCCGCCCUGGAGUGCCAUAGGCAGCAGUCAGUGAGGCACG